UACUAUUGUUUUUUAAUGUAGGGAUUUAAAGACUGCAAAUAUAUUUCUCACGAGACACGGUAUUGUGAAAUUGGGAGACUUUGGCAUUUCAAAAGUUUUAUCAGGAACUCAUCAAGCAGCUGAUUCUAUAGUUGGCACUCCUUACUACAUAUCACCUGAAAUUUGUGAAGGGAAACAGUAUAAUUCUAAGAGUGAUAUUUGGUCGUUGGGUUGCAUAUUACAUGAAAUGAUGUGUCUCUCUCGUCCGUUUGAUGGAACUAACCUACCAGCACUUGUCCAUAAAAUAGUCGAGGGUUCAUUUGAUCCCAUUAAAGGAAAGUAUAGUGAUGAAUUGAAGCAGCUGGUCCAGAGGAUGCUACAGAAGGAUCCUAGCCGAAGACCCAGUGCCUCUGAGCUUCAUGAUGCAACCGUCCCUCCAUUACUGGAGGCAAUACAGAUCAAGGAAGGGAUACUCCUACCGACAGAGCCUACUGUUGACGAUAAUAAGGAAAUGAAGUCUUUCCUGUAUUAUCUUGAUGGCCAAUCUCUCUCAUUUCAGCCAGUCUCCUGUCCUAUACAAGACAAGAUCACACACGUAUCCGUAGGCUAUGGUCACAUGAUGGUUGUCACUGCAGACACUUCAGUGUACAGUUGGGGCAAGAAUGAGUAUGGACAGUUGGGACAUGGUGACAGAGAGUAUAGGCACCACCCCACGCUGAUUGCUGGACUCAAGGGACGCAAUAUAUUAAAGGUUGAGUGUGGGGGAGAGUUUAGUAUUUUUAAGAAUGAAAACGGGAUAAUAAUGUCUUGUGGAAGAGGAGAUAAGGGAGUACUAGGACACGAGAACUAUCAUGAUUAUCUGCAGCCAGAGAUAAUCAAGUCAUUACUAACUCAUGAUAGCCACUUGAUAUCCUGCGGUGAGAGUCAUGUUGCUGUACUCACUUUAGAUCACAAAAUAUUCACUUGGGGCUCAGGAAAGUAUGGCUGCCUUGGAAAUGGAUCAGAAGAUAACUGUUUUGUUCCAACUGAAGUUGUUUUAAGGAGUCCAGGAGCAAGAAUGGAUGAAGUAGCUAUUGAUGUGUACUGUGGUAUGGACAGUACUGUAUUCAUUACUGAAAUGGGACGAGUUUUUGCCUGUGGAAAUAAUGCCGAUAAUAAAAUUGGAAUAAAUAAAAGAGAAACUUUCAUCAUGCAAAUGAAGAAAUUAUUAAACAAACAUCAUUUGCAAGUCCCCUAUUCCAUCAAUCCGCUGCCUAUUAAAGACUUAGGGAAGCACAGGAUCAUUGAUUGCUCAUUGGGAUCAACUCAUUCAGCAUUCCUCACUGAGACUGGCCUCGUGUAUACUUUUGGACGUAAUAAUCACGGUCAGUUAGGAUCAGGGAAUGCACUCCCUAGAGAAAUGGCAGUGGUUGUUAAAGGAUUGAAGAAUAAACCAAUAAUGGUUACUUGUAGUGAGCUAGCUACUGUAGUUGCCACUGAGUGUAACACGUUUCAUAUCUGGGGCUCUAGACCAAUCAUACAAUCACCACUAUCAACACUGCUCUCAGGACAACCGACUGAUAAAGGUCCUGUCAGUAACAGCAGUGAAUAUAUUGAUCCUCAUCAGUCCAUCAAUGGCUCAGAGGAAACUGAUUAUUUCUUUCGUAAAAAGAAAUCAAACCAGAAACUCUCCGCAAUGGAUGAUAGCCGAGAUGAGAGCUCCUCAGUCGGUUUGGUAACCUGUCACUGUUCCGACGAAUACAUCAACACACUCUACAACCUACUCCUUCCUUCUGAUGACACCAAUUUAUCGAGACAAAUGUCUACAGGCGGAGUCAGUGGGCGUGGCUUAAAAAGAGGAGGAGCUUCAUCACAGGAUAUUGCUAAGGAUAUUAUAUUGAAACCGAAAGUUAUUGAUCUUGUAGAUCAGAGUGGUCCAUUGGAGAAGCUGUGGGAGAUGGGACUGAAGGAGGUUAAAGUGGAGACUAUUCGUUCGUUUGGUAGUAAUAUGAUGAUACUGUUACACGCCCACAUACCUAAUGAGCCCAGCACUAAGAACAAUGCACCUGGUAAAAUAGUAAUGAAGACUAAAUUGAGGCGUAGUGUUAUUAGUAUGACGUCAGUAGCUGGUAAAAUGAGUAGACCUGUACAAGAGGUACCACAGUUUCCUACUGAAGAGGCUGUUGCUAUUAAUAGAGCAACAACAGCUGUUACUAUAAAUAGAACAGCAGCUACAAGGAGUCCUGCAAUGAUGAGCCAAUUGUCUGAAACUGGACAACUGGAUACAUGGUUACAGAAUGAGCUAAUGGAUGGUAUCAAAUUUGAAGAGUCAGUAUUGCCAGCUGUUGAGGAAUCGCAUGGUUGGUUUCCUGAAUCACUACGUGUUAAAGAACAAUGUUGGACUAGCAGCACUACCACCACAACAGUAACUAGCAAUGAAAGAGGAGGAGGAGGAGGAGGAUUGAAGCCAAUAUCUAGACCAGUGACACAAUCUUCCGUACGUAAAAUGGAGUCUGUUGGUUCAAUACCAGUUACUAUACCUGAGAGUACAAAUGAAGAGCAGACCUUGCUUGAGGGAUCUUUGUUGAAGAAAGAUAAACCGAAAUCAGUGCUAAUGGCAACAAAACGAACUAGCAUUAAACCAGCAAAAUCGAUAACUGAUCUACCAACACCAAAUGCUAAUAAUAGCAAUAAUAAAGGAGUGUUGACUGUUAAGAGAGUUCACAGUACUAGCAGUAUAUACUCAAAUAAAAGUAUGUUAGUUGUUAUUAUUCAUUAUUAA